AUGGGCAGAACCUUCACUUUUCGGGUACCACGCCGUACACCCAAACGACCCCAGGCGCUAGUCACCUCUGACAGAGCAUCCACACUUCCGUUGUUGUUUGAGAUACGCAAUGAUGUUGGACUGUCAGUUCCUGAGGCCCCAAGCCCAAAUGUGUACAGAGUGUUGGAAAAAUUUAAGAGACCACCAUCGCUGCUCCUCUAUAUCCCCGAAAAUCUCGAGCCAAACCCGUUUACCUACUACACCACAGAGAACGCUGCAGACCCAACCAUAGUUGCAUUCCCACGUCUUCUGGUGACCAAACUUCUAUCCUAUGCAUGGUGUGAGCUCGAGUUGUUUUACCGUAUCUACUCUGGGCUGCAGAAAAAGGAAGUCACUGUCCGUUUGGCCGAGGGCUCUGAAUAUCACGAUAGGCUUGAGAACGAAGAGCACGAGAGGGCCGAUAUGAGCUCAGCAGUUGAUCAAUUGACCCAGAUUGCAGCCAAACAUUCGCCUGAAGAGGCUAUGCACUUGGGCAGGAACCAAGGGCUGGCUGAAUGGGCCAAGUCCGUCACGGAACACAGCAUCAAGAGAGGGAUCUCAUUGGCACAGACUCGGCACGCUCGAGAAAUCGACGUGCAUUCCUUUAUUGAUUUUGAAACUAACAGACCCGUCGAACGGAUAGAAGAUUUGCAUAAAGGAGUGCUUGUCAGGGGUAUCGCCGAUAUAGUACAGUUUGAACGAAAGGGUCGUGGCGAAAGGAAAAAUGACACCCACACGGCCGAACUUCCAGAUGUGACUGCCGAGAUCGAUGAAAUAUCAUUGAUGGCGCCAAUAUGGGAUCUAAAUAAAGCCAUUUCUGAGCUCAAGGAGGAGGUUCAGAAGUCUCGUGAUGACUACUACAUCCAGGUGAGGGACGUUAAAACCAGAGGCGUGAAAUCUCUCCCCAAACAAGAGCUGCAGCUCAAAGCAGCAAAAGAUCAAUGCAUGUACUAUACUCGAUUCUUUCUCGGUUUCACCAAAGACAUUCGAUUCACUUAUGAGAGUUACCGAGAGAGCGCUAGAAGGCGUGAAAUUGACAUUGAUGCCGAAAUUGGCGAAGCUCACGCAGUCAUUCUCUUAUUAGAGAAGUUUGAGGCGCUAGCAAUGGACUAUGUUCGCCUAGCUCAAGGGCAACCUUUAGGAUUUACCUCCCACGACGAGAUCAUGAGCGAGAUCUACGAAGAUCGGGACGAGGGCAACAAGGACUAUGACCUCUCCAACUUUAUUUCAGAAAAAGACUUUAAAGAGAUCUUGGAGAACAUUUACGGUGACACCCUCGCCGUCAAAAGCAUUGACAUAUCCGUACUUUUCAAACCCUGGAAGUACCCGCUCACGCCUCGGUACUUCAUAGCUCGGGCAUCCCAAAUUCAUGACAUCUUCAAUGGUUACGAUGCAUCAACCGUGGCUGUGGAUUACCAUCACAGUAAACUGGGCACGGUCAUUGGCUCCAAGGUCUACCCCUACACCGUCAAGGCCAACAACGAGGCUUUAGAAGAAGCGGUGAACUUCUGGACUGGUAGGCGGCCGCCACGAGAGGCUGACCUGAGGUGGAAAUGCAACAACUGUGAGUUCAACAGCCAUUGUCCAGCCAUCAACAAGCCAUUCAAGGAGUCAAUCGGAGCGCUUAUCUACCACGAUCUACUAGACUGA